AUGAAUGGCUCGCAAUCUGCCAAUAAUCCGUCAUAUACCUUCCUUGACGGCAUCCAAUCCUAUGCAGGCUCUGAUACACUGCAAAAUGGCGGCGAAGACUACAGCCAGUACUUCGACCCUGCUCUGUUCGAGGCGUCCACCAUCGGGCCUGGCUUCUCUCAACAACCACAGCACAUACCACAGAGCUUCAAUGCGAAUGUUGCCAGACAGUCGCAUAGCCCUGGCCUGCCUCAAUACAACCCACCUCAGCCGAAUUACUCUCUCAAUCAAUACUCUCAACCCCUCUACGACUCCCGGCAGAUGCCUCAGCAGAACUAUGACUCGAGAUACUACCCGCGACCCUCUCCCUCGCCUGUCGGCUUUGAGGGUGGAUAUGCCUAUCAGCAGCAGAUGCCCUACAACCCUCAGAAUUACAACGCUCAGCAUGUGAACAUCCCACCGCGGCAGAGUCCCACUCCCAAUCCGACUUACCCACCCAGACAGCAACAGCCUUCGCCGUACGUUAACAUCGGACCGCGUCCGUCACAGCUGUCGCAGGUUCAGAGUAGUGAGAUGAUGCACUAUCCGAACUUUCAGGAGCAGAAUCUCCAACCCUCUAAUCCCUAUAUCGAUCCUUCGAUGUUGACCGCCAACCAGAUGGCUAACACCAAUAACAACAGUUCGAACUUCCAAACUCAUCAGCCAUUCAUCGCCCCUUCUUAUUUCAAACCUGGCUCAACUGUCGAUCCUCAAUCUCUCCAGAGUGCACAGUCUCCUCAGUCUAUGCAAUCAGCAACACCACAACAACUGCAGCCCGGGUCUGCCCUUCAACCAAAGCCUGAGAAGACGUCAAAGGCGAAGGCACCCAAAGAUCCUAAUGCGCCGAAGAAGUCAGCCAGUGUCGUCCGGAAGGACGGUGUUACAGACUCUAAAGUCGAAGGCCAGGUUACUAGAUAUGAAACAGAUUCGGACUCAGAUGAGGACUUAGUGAUCGAAGACCAGGAGCCCCCUGAGAUGACUCCAGCCUUGCUUACUGUCACCAAACCUACGGACGAACGUGGCAAAGCUUUAUAUGAUGCAGUGCAGGCGGUCUGGUCGCCACGCAACAAGCCUGCUCCUGCUGAAAAGAUCCGGAGUGCGAUUGCUUCGUUUGGCGAGACAGUGCGAAAUCUGCGCGAUGCAUGGAAGGCUAAGAACGAUAGUCUGAGAAAGGCCGAGAUUCCUGACUCUCCAACAGCUUCCUUUGCUACUCAGUUGAAAGAAGAAGUCUCCCGGUAUCGUCAGGUUAUGGAAAGUGUCAUGGCUCGAUCACAGCUGUUCGGCCAUCCAGCGAUCGUCAAAAGACUAGGUGAUAAUCCCAUUACAAUGUCAGCUCUGUACUCCUUCAUGCUGGACAGAUUCAAUGCCGGAGACUACGACAGCUCCAUGGUCAGCGCCAUUCUGAAGUUUGUCAUGGAAUUCAAGACUCUUGAUACUGAGAUGCUGGAGAUGACGAAGAUAUCAAAGAUCUUGCAGCGGUUGACCAAGAAGUCCACUACUGAUAUCAAGACCAUGUCUCAAACCAUCCUCGACAACGCUGUUGCUGCUUCGGCCCAGAAAGCUGCAAAGGCGACGGACAAUAAAUCAGCUAAGCCGGCGUCUCCUGCCGCCACAGGUAGUGCUGCCGAUGCGGCACGGAAAGAAGCGGUCACGGGCAUGAAGCGUGCUAGAGAAGCAGACUCGAGCUCUCAAGUGGUUCCAAAGAAGAUUGUGAAAGUGAUUCCGCAAUCAUCGAAGCCUCUAGCUUUGCAAAAUGCUGAACGGAGAAAAGCAUUGGACGCUGCACAGGCUUCCAAAGGAAGUGACAAGUCUGCGACUUCCGCCGCUGCUCCUACUUCUAUUGCGGCAGGGAAAUCAAAGAUUGCCGUGGCUGCUCCUCCAAAAUCCGCCGUCUUUUCGUCUCUGAUGUCAGCCUCCAAAAAGCCAGGGACUUCGAUUGCCGCGCGAGCAGCCGCCGCCGCCGCCGCCGCCAAAGAUAAGGCCCCUACGGACGCAUCGACCUCCACCAAUCUUGCUGCGCCCGUCAAGAAAGAAAAUGGAAGGAAAGAGUCGCCACCCCGCAAUGGCGGCGCCGUGACGGCGGCCAAGACGACCUCAUCCUUUCUGGGCCUUCUGGCGGAUAUGGAAAAGAAGCCCGAGAAGGAAAUCAAGAAGGAAACGGAGAAACCGACUGAAACGGAGGAAGAGAAGGCCCGACGUCUGCGAAAAGAAGCACGCCGAAAGCUGCGCGUCUCUUGGAAGGCCGAUGCAGAAUUAGUAGACACGCGGCUCUUCACCCAUGAUCCGGAGGAAGAACUUGGUCAUGGCGAUAGCCUCAUCCGGGAUGCUGGCGACACUGGACGGGAAGGAGAAGCACUAAAGAUGCACAAAGAUAUGGACGACUUUGAAGAAGAUGAAGACGAUGAUUCUUUCGAGGAGUUGGAGCCGUAUACCCCGCCGUCGGAAGUCGACUUCAGUGUCCUUAAGGAUGAAGGGGAUUUGCUCACCAUCAAUUCCAUCAAGAAUGGUGGGGCAAUGAAAGCCGAAAGUCCUAGCAGUGGAGCCCAGGAUAAGCAUGAACAGGACACAGUCAUGACGAUCUAUGCGUCUAAAGCCGAUCGGCCCACCACACCCAAGGAGCCAGACGAUUCGAUGGACGAAUUCGAGCCAGCCGAACCCGAGACUCCAUUUGGUGAGCCAACCGAGGUGACUCGACAGCGCGAGAAAGACUACCUUGCCCGACUGGCUCGCAACCAACCAAAUAUGACUUCUCUGCCUUCGAGAACAGAUCUGGCUGCUCAGAUCCAAGCCAUCUCCAUGGGCCAGACUUCUCAACAGCCCGGAGUGAUACCGGUCGAGCUUCAGCGCGCCCUCAAUAUGUUCGGUCAACCAAACCAAGCGACUCCUCCUCCGCAAGCUGCGCCCAGUGCGGCAGUCAAUCUGCAAGCUCUCCUCCAGACUGUCCAACAGGUCAGCCAGAAUCUUCAAAGUGCAACCCCGCAGCCUCAGUAUCAGAGUUCGGCUCAAACGCCCGCUCCGACUACAAACCUCAGCGUACUGUUGGCUUCGAUGCAACAGGGCGCACAGGUUCCGCCUGCUGGAAUUCCUCUCGGCUCAGGCGUUAAUCCCAAUCCUUAUCCCGGGUCCGGCGACGAAUCCUCGCGCAAACAUGCCCGCGCCGACUCGAAUGAUUACGACGCUGACGGUAGCCGAAAGGGAGGAAACAAGAAAAAGAAGGCUGGCUGGACCGGCGAUCAGGCUAGACCGUACAACUAUAAAACCCAACCGUGCACGUUCUGGGAGCAGGGCAAAUGCAUUAAAGGCGACAUGUGCACCUACCGACAUGGUGAUGAGAACAUCUGA